AUGUUUCGAACACUUCGUAAUCAUUGGAAAAAAUCUUUAUUUGCUUUUUGUGCAUUAUCUUAUGGUACUAAAUGGUCGUAUGAUCGUUAUCAAGCAAAUCAAAUUCGUCAAUUUUAUUGUCAACAAGCAUCUUUAUUAGGUUCACAAACUUUUCCAUCUAUGACUCGUAUAACACGUAUUGCUGUAUUACUUAAUGGUAAAGCAAAUAAUGGUAAAGCAAAAUCAAUUUAUGAUAAAACAAUAUUUCCAUUAUUACAUUUAAUUGGUCUUGAUGUACGUGUUUAUCGUUUGGAUACAAUAACAGAUACAGAUGGUUUACAAGAAUUAUUAACAAAUAAAAUUGAACCAAAUGAAUUAACUGCAUUAAUGAUUGUUGGUGGUGAUGGAACAUUAAGUGAAUUAACACCUUAUUUAUUUCAAUCAAAUAUUUUACAAAAUUUACCUAUUUGUAUUAUACCUAUAGGUGAAUAUGUAUCAUUUGGACGUAGUUUAUUUCCAAUAACAAAUAAAAAAAAACUUCAUGAUGAUAUUGCUUUACUUUGUGAAUCAGUUUUUGCUUUAUAUAAUGGAAAAAUUGUUCGAAAACCUUUAUUAAAAAUUACAAUGUCAAAUCAAAAUGAAAAAUCAAUCUAUGCAAGUACAUUUGAUUUCGGUCAUUAUACACGUCUUGAACAACUUCAAAAACGUUUAUGGUACUUCAGUUAUUUAAAAUAUCCUAUAUCAUCAAUAUAUCUUUCUAUAAGAGAUUCAUUAAAUUCAAUAUUAUCAUCUGAACAAUCAUCGAUUAUUUAUUCAAAUCCAUGUUCAGGUUGUUUACGAUGUCAACCAUCAUUAUUAGAUCAAUAUCGUUUAUCACAACAAGAAAAAAAAUCAAGUUAUUUUUCUCGUAUUUAUCAAUCAAAUCGUACAAAUAUAAAACCAAAUAUUUCUCAAAUAAAAGAACCAAUAGAAAAUCCUAAUUGUGGUAUUGAAUAUUGUAUAAAUUUAGAUAAAAAACCAAUACAAUUAUGGGCAAAAUUAAUAAAUGAUGAACAUAGUUUUCAAAUUGAUAUAAGUGAUAAACUUGAACGUUUUAAUUAUGAUAAAGAAAAAUAUCCAAAACAAUCAAUCAAUGUUCAACAUAUUAGAUUUAAUCCAAAUAUAAAUUUAUUUAAUAAAUAUAUGUUAAUUAAUCAUGAAAAAUUUGAUAAAAAAAAAGAUAAAGAAGAAGAAAAACAGAAUGAUUUAAUUGAAUAUCGAAUUGAAUUAAGUGAAAAAACAUUAAAAUUUAUUGAAAUAAAUCAGGAUUUAUUAUUAACAAAACAAUUAACAUUAAAACCAACAUUUAAUAAACUUGAAGAAGAUGCUCUUGAAAAGAAGGGUAUUUUUCUAUUUUCUCGUCGUCAUCAACAGAAACAAUCAUGA